GACCUCGUUGAGGAGCAAGUGCCGCUGGACAACCAUGAAUCGGAACGGAAGUUGUCUCCUCCUUUUAAUACUGUGCGUCGCCGUGAGUGAUUAUCAGGUCAGCUCGGACAGAAACACUACUCUGUCGCGACGCAAACGUUACGUUGUCUUUCCUGAAGGAUCCACGUUCUCUAUCGCGCUUUGUAUGACGGUGCACACACUGAGCCCGGACGACAUUUUCACGGAGGGCGUGAAUUGGGGCAUCUCGUACGACCUGCCCAACGAGAGCAAGCCAGCCCUCGAGCCCUUUCUGCAGCUCAGACACGACCAAAUGAAACCUGGAAAUAAAUACUCUGGUCACGCGGUCGGUGCAAUCGAGAAGAAUGUCGUAAACUAUCCAGGAUGGAACAGCUACGAGAAAUACAGCUUCAAGUCUGGCAAAAAAAAGUAUUAUAAACCUGAUUACUAUUACCUGCAAAGGAGACACCGCAGGGACCUCUACAGUAAAUUGGAGACCGCCAUGAAUGCAAUGAAUUUCGACGGCAGGACAUGCGUCCUUCGAGCCCUCUGCGAGGCGUCCCAACGCUUGAUGCCGAAAGGGAACACACUCGUCGAAGAAAUGUUGAGGAUAUCAUUCUCGUUUCCAUUGAAACGCCUGUUCUCGCACGAGCCAGAUGAGCAUCACGCGUACGGCAAGGCUCAUAAAGCGGGCCACGAGGGCCAGGAUUGCGCCAGUAUGUUCGCCGGAUGCAGCUUUUCCCUCAUCGACAUGGCCCUCGGGAAAUACGACGCGCAACGGACACGAGAGCCUCAACUUCCGCUCGGAUACGACGGAGCCACCGAUCCGGGACGCUCUUCCGGGGAGUGGAAUAGGUACAACAUGAAAUAAGGCGACGGUUCUCGGGGUGGGGAACCUGGGGGAGGAUGUAUCGAGAGAAAACUAGUCCUAGAGUCUCCGUGGGGUGCUCUUGGGGCUCGAUUUAAAGAGGAAGUCGUCAACGGCGGACCUGAGCCCGGUAGAGGCGAUGCUAAAGAUAGAAGAUGCUACUAAAGAUGUGUAGCGAUCUGCGCCACGCGAUGCAAACGCUAUAUUUUUGGGAAAUUCGAUUUUAUGGGAUCAGAAUGUGGAUAGUUCUCGAACGAGGAAUGGCGACAGAUUCCGGAUUUUGUAAGUGUAAAUAUACAGGAUGUACAUGAACAAAUGCGAGAAUAUGUAAAAUAUGAAAAUUAGAUCAAGAUUGUGUUGUGUAAAUAAAAAUGUUGGUAAUUAUGCAGAUGCUCGCCGAUUUUGAUGAUCUUGAAGU